GCGCGGCCACCGUCGGGUCUCUCGGUCCUAACAUCUUCACUUGGAUACUCUACUGCCUAUUUGAUAGUUUCAAGUUUCAAGAUCAGGCGCAACCUGCGAACAUUAGACAACGGCUGCAACUAUGGCGUCAGUCACAAGUCUCGACCAAGACAUGCGCAAACUGCGCCUCGAGCGAUAUACCCCCGGUGCUGCCAACGAGGUGAGAAACUGGAUUGAAAGCACUUUGGGCGAGAGAUUAGCACCAGGCGACUUGAUGGACUCCCUGCGGGAUGGAGUGGCUCUUUGCAAACUUGUCAAUAUGGCCGUGUCCCCAGGCAUCAAGUAUAAGCAGUCGAGCAUGCCCUUCGUGCAGAUGGAGAACAUCUCCCACUUCCUCCGUGCUUGCGAGAUUGCGCCGUUGAGCCUCCCUUCUCAUGACCGAUUCCUUACCGUUGACCUCUACGAUGCUAAAGACCCCGCACAAGUCUUACAAUGCAUCGCUGCCUUUAGCCGCAGGGCAAACCAAUUGAAUCCUGCUGCUUUUCCUACAACACUGGGAGCAAAGAGCAAAUCUUCCAUGAGCCCACAAGGGACAGGCUCAAGCGGACCAAGAUCACCAGCUUACACUGCUACGACAAGUUCGCGGCCGCGAGGCUCAAGCAAUUCAACUGCUGACAGUCCCUCUCUCACCUUCAACCCCCUCAAUAAGGCCGCAUAUUCAGGGCGUGUUAGCCCCACCAAGAACAUUCUCAGUCGAGGAGGGCUAGCUUCUGGGGGCGCAGUCAGCAGUUGGAGCAACAAGACUGACGAGACCAAGACCGCGCCCGCGUGGAACAUCCAUCAGUAUGGGUACAUGGGAGGCGCAAGUCAAGGCAAUCAGGGCGUCGCUUUCGGCGCUCGGAGACAGAUUACCUCCCCGGCGCCCAGUGUCCCCAGUAUUGCAGAGAAAGAGAAGCGCCUCAAAGAAGAGGCAGAGAAGCAGCGGCAAGAGGCAGAAGAACUUGAACGACAGCACCGCGCUCAACAAGCUGCCGACGAAGAACGAGCACGUCUCGAGGAAGAACGUAGAUGGGCCGAGGAAACUCGGCGGUUGAAAGAGCAAGAAGCCGCUGCGCAGCGGGAUCUCGAGCGACAACGUCUACAAGAAGAAGAGCGUGUCCGUCGUGAGGAACAGCGUCGCAAAGAGUUAGCCUAUGAACGCGACCGGGAGCGUGAAGCUCAGGAUCAGGCAGAUCGAGAGGCUCGUAUGGCGCAGGAACGAAGCCGCCAACGCACCGUCAGCGACGCUCGUCUGAACGGACAAUUUCUCAGUCAAUACCAAGCAGACCAGGCGAGAAGUAAUGAUGUCAGCUCCCCACCUCCGCCUAAGCCUGCUGUCGAGCAGGAUUCGGCUGAAAGUCGACGCAUCGCAGAAUUAGAGCGUCAAUUGGAGGAGAUGAGGGCGCAGCAGAGACAGAAUCAAUCAACGAGAGCAGGCCCCGAGCCUGAACCUCCCGCGCCUGUUCUGCCAAACAGACCUCCAAUUAGCCAAACAAGCCAUGAGGACGACUGGGCUGCAUCAGAGCGUCAAUACCUACAGCAAGAAUGGCAGAAAGCGCAGGACGACGUACCUCCUCCCAAGCCACCGCGUCCUGAACCCAUACCGUCGACAUCUUCUCGCCCGCUACCCGACCCAGCAACCUAUCAGCCAGGCACCAAUCGCACGGACCGAUACCUUGCCUCGAACGCCGCGCCCGCUCAACCGAAUAUUACGUCUCACCGUCCUCAGGACUUUUCCACCACAACUGAAGUGGACCUCGAAAACCAACGCCGCAUCCAAUCCCAACAGCGCACGAAAGCCGGUGGCUGGGCCUCGAAAUCCCUCCUCGAGCGGGAAAUGGAACGCGAGCGAGAACGGCAGAGGGAGUGGGAAGAAGCACAGAAGGAUACCGCGUCAAGAGCCAGAGAUAUCAAGGAGGGGAGCGGACCUGGUCAGACCCGGGAUGUCCACCAAUAUGGUUACUUGGGCGGAGAUAGCCAGAAUCGUGGAGGUCCGGGGCUGGGAGUUGGGGGCGCCAGGAGGCAGAUCAUCGGCCCACGACCGCCGCCUUAAGAAAAAUACAGUGUCACUUUAAACGUGAAUAGAUGUUGGCGUGGGAAAGUGACGGUGGAUGUCGGUAAAUCGAGGCAAACCGACUUACAGGUCUCGAAAGAACAUGCGCUUCAACGGUGGCAUAGUGAGUGUUAUGAGAUACGUACGAUGAGCAAUACCAGCGGGUUGGGCUUCUUGACGGAAGACAAAGUAGAGUCCUGCUCGGAAGCUUCAUGGUUUGGAGUGUCUGGUAGGCAGUACGUCUAGCGGCUUUCCUACGUGGGUCUUUUACCUGCCGCCGCGAACCAUAUCUCAUGCUCCUUCUCGUUCUCCCAAGGGCAACCCUUCUAUGAG